AUGCCUGUUCUCUCAGCUAAUCUAGGUUUCCCACGUAUGGGAGCAAAUCGGGAGUUAAAACGUCAAGUUGAAGCAUAUUGGUCGGGCAAAGUUGACGUUUCUGCUCUUUUAAAAACUGCUCAUGAGUUGCGCAAAAAUCAUUGGAUACUUCAAAAGAACGUACUUGGGUUAGAUAUUGUUCCUAGUAAUGAUUUCUCUUUUUAUGACCACGUGUUGGAUAAUGCAUUUACAGUUGGUGCAAUUCCGAAGCGUUAUCGAGAUGUUUUCAUUAAGGCAAAUGAUGACUUGUUGCCCUCUGCAUUGGAAGGUGAUUUGUUGUCUACAUACUUUGCAAUGGCAAGAGGAUUCCAACAACUUUCAAGCGAAGGCUCAGAAUUACCUGUCAUAGACUUGGAAGCAAUGGAAAUGAAAAAAUGGUUCGAUACAAAUUAUCAUUACAUCGUUCCUGAAUUCGAUUCAACCCAGCAGUUCAAGUUGACUAGUAAUAAAUUCCUUGAAGAAUAUAAACAAGCGAAAUCACUCGGUAUUGAAACCCGUCCGGUAUUGAUCGGUCCUGUAUCCUUUCUCCUUCUUGGUAAAGCUUCUCCAAACUCUCCAGCAGGCUUUGAACCGAUUCAACUUUUGGAUAGACUUUUACCCGUUUAUGAAGAGAUCAUCAAGCAUCUGGCUGAAGCCGGUGCAUGCUCUAUUCAACUUGAUGAACCAUGUUUAGUUCUAGACUUAGAUCCCAAAAUGGCUCAAAGCUAUAAUGUAGCGUACUCUUGUCUUUCAGUAGCUGCAAAGAAAUCAAGCGCGGAACCAAUAAAGAUACAUCUUACUACAUAUUUUGGAGAUAUUACACCAAACCUGUCCUUCGUACUUCCUCACCUUCCUAUUGACAGCCUUCAUAUCGAUCUCGUUAGAGAACCUCAACAAUUUGAAACAAUUCUUAGUGCUGCCGCAAAGCACCCGACUAUUCAACUAUCAAUUGGAAUUAUUAACGGUCGUAAUAUCUGGAAAAGUGAUCUAUGUGCUGCUUUUGACAAGGUUAAAAAAGCUGUGGAAGUUUUAGGGGCAGAUCGAGUUAUUAUUGCUCCAUCAUGUUCGUUGCUUCAUACUCCACAUUCUUUGGAUGCUGAAACCGAAUUGAACCCCGAAAUCAAAGAUUGGCUUUCUUUUUCUGUUGAAAAAAUUAAAGAAAUUGUUCUUCUUACCAAAGCUGCGAAUAAUGGUAUUGAUUGUAUUAAAGAUGAAUUGGAGGCUAACCAACGAUCUAUUCAAGCUCGUCGUACUUCUCCAAAAACUCAUAAUCCUGCUGUUCAGGAAAGAUUAGGAAGUAUAACCCAUGAUAUGAUGCACCGUAGAUCAACAUUCGACAAACGUUGGGAAAAACAGCAAGAGGUUUUCAAAUUACCCCGUUUUCCCACUACCACGAUUGGUAGUUUUCCUCAAACUAGUGAAGUUCGUAAAGCGCGCGCGGCAUUCAAACGUGGUGAUAUUUCACAAGAGAAAUAUAAUGAAUUCAUUAAUGAAGAAAUAAAAAAGUGUAUUCAACUACAGGAGAAAAAUGAUCUUGAUGUUCUUGUUCAUGGAGAAUUCGAGCGUACUGACAUGGUGGAAUUUUUUGGUGAACAUUUGGAAGGAUAUACAUUUACAAAAAAUGGCUGGGUCCAAAGUUAUGGUUCACGUUGUGUUAAACCUCCAAUUAUUUUCGGUGACGUUUAUCGUCCGAAACCUAUUACAGUUGAAGUUGCUAAAUAUACACAAUCUUUGACCAAGAAACCAGUGAAGGGAAUGUUAACUGUUACCAUGUUACAAUGGUCAUUCGUUCGUGAUGACCAACAUAACAAGUUGACUACACAACAACUUGCUUUGGCAAUCCGGGAUGAAGUCUCUGACUUGGAAGCAGCCGGAAUUAAUGUAAUUCAAAUUGACGAACCGGCUUUACGUGAAGGUUUACCUUUACGUCAUAGUAAAUGGCAGGAGUACUUGAAUUGGGCCGUUGAUUGUUUUCUUCUUGCUAGCUGUUCGGUAGCUGAUACUAAACAAAUUCAUACUCAUAUGUGUUAUUCGGACUUUUAUGAUAUAAUUGAUGCAAUUAUUCGCAUGGAUGCUGAUGUGAUCACAAUUGAGAACUCACGUUCUAAUCUAAAGUUUCUCCGUGGUGAUUCAUUUACCUACCCGAACGAAAUCGGACCAGGAAUUUAUGAUAUACACUCGCCACGUAUCCCGCUUCACGAAGAAAUGGAACAUCGGUUGGAAGAAAUGUUAAAACGAUUGAAACGUAAUAGUGUUUGGGUUAAUCCGGAUUGUGGAUUAAAAACUAGGAAGUGGAAUGAAGUUGAUUUGGCUUUGAAAAAUAUGACCGAUGUCGCGAAAAAGUUUAGAUCUAAAAGUUGUUAG